AUUUAUGGGGUAACAGUUCGCCGAUGUUUUAUCGCUAAAUGUAACGUACGGAACCUCGGGCGGUAUCGACUUCCUACGAAGCGUGUGUCUGCGCAUGCGCAGCAGGUCACCGAAAGAAUCGCUGUUCGAAGGAGAGAACGAGGGAACAGCGCGAUCGACUGCGCGACACGCGAUGAGAUAUAUUAUAAUGAUCUGUAACCCAUAAAGAUAUGGAACUUUGACAGGUCAAGAUACCCGGACGCACCCCAACAAUUUGAGAUGACACUUCUUCAUCCUACGUUUAUAGAUAAGUGGACUUUUUAUUGAAAAUGUGAGUCACCAGUUCUUCUUGAGAUGUCUCGGAAGCAUCGGUCUGAUAAGUCUAGUAUUAAUAAAGACCUCAGACCCAAGAGAAGAGAUCAGAUAUGACUGAUGAGCUAAACAGGUUGUCAUCUGACCGGGAAGAGACGGAUCGGGAUGCAUCUAUGCCCACCGGAGCAAACACCGACACUGCCAUGAUGGAACCACUGGAGGAUGACUCGCCAUGCGAGGUGACGGUUGAGGUGCUUCCUGAUUGGCUGAAACCAAUGGAGGAGGACGAUGAUGCUGUCGAGAAUGAAAAGACCGUUGUGCGACGCACCAGGAAGACCAAUCCUCACAUUGUCAAAGUAAAGCGUGGCAGAGGUCGACCUCCUCUUCCCAAAAAUGUUCGUGCUCGACUCGACAAGAUUAAAGCAUUGAAGGGUAGCGGUGGUGUGCAAGCAAAGAGUGUCAAUACCCCCAAUAAAAGGAGACGAUCAAGAAGAUCCAUAACUGACCCAGGUCCGACCCAAACUCCGGAGGUUUUACCUAGAACGGCCCGCAGCCCGAUCUCCACACCGCACAGAUUCCAGCUCACUCCAUUGUCACCAGCAGCAGCCAUAACCAUCUUUUCUCCCCAACAAUUUCGUAGUCCUCCACGUCUCACGAGAGUCUCCCCGCUCAAUGUCGACGGUACACGGAUACCCUGUCACUCUCCAUCCGUACAGCUGAGCAACGUUUCCCAACAAUUAAGUCCAGCCACACCCGGGAAUAACGGCAUUCAGCUUCCCGCUCAUCUCUGGCAGUGCCCACCUCUGCAACCUCUUAGCCCUCGGGGCGCAUUCGUAGAUCAGACCGUGACAAUUGAGUCACAGGAUUUUCCAAAUGCCAUUUUCAAUGGAAAAGAAACAGAAAAGCAAGAAAUCCUGCUUCUCAUCAGAGACUGUGUUGGCUGUGGCUGCCAGUUUCCUGCUGAGAACGUCGGGGACUCGUUGUGUCGUAAAUGUAAACCGGACAAGAAGUCAUCUCCUCCAAACAUAGUAUUUAGAAAGGUGGGACAGGACAAGUGGGAAGUGGGGAAAACAAAACCUCCAAAAAAACUGAAUUCAAAUCCUAACUUCAAGAAAAAAAUGAAAAAGGAUUUCGUCCCUGAUGGUGAUGAAGAAGAUGAAGACUAUGAUGAUGAUGAUCAGUUGGAUGGAUCUAAAGGACUGACAAAACAAGAGAGGGCCAAAUAUAAGAAACGCAAUAGCAGGAUGUGCCAGCAGUGUGACGCGUGUAUGAGAGAUAAAGACUGCGGCGUGUGUGACUUCUGCAUGGACAAGCCCAAGUACGGUGGCAGUAACAAGAAAAGACAGAAAUGCCGCCUGCGUCAGUGCCAGUUUCAGUCGAAGCUUUGCCAUCAGAUGAAGGAACUGGCAAGGAGUCCACGGAGAAAUAAAAACAUCAAGCAGAAGUUCAAGGCGCGUGGAAGACCACGAUCAAGAAAACGGAGAAACAGAAGAAACCCCUGGGAAGAUGAUGAUGACGAUGACGACGACGAUGAUGAGGAUGAUAUCACUGAUACGGCCGAUGAGAUGGAGAAAAUGAAACGACCCAAGCCCAAAGGCACCAGAAGAAGAGCGAGGAAGAAAUGGAGUUACAGUUUUAAGGAAGAGGAAGAAGAGAUGUUUGUUGAAGCGGUGGUUGACGAUGUCGAAGCGGAUGAGAACGAGUCUGAUUCCCUAUCAUUGGUUCAGAAUGAGCCUGUGAAGAUGAUAGGGGCCAACAGUCAACAUUUAAAUGGGUUCAGUGUCAACCAGACACCUCAGUCUCAGGAAAUAUACUACACCAUGCCCGGUGUACCAGAGGCAUCUAAUAUGCUCAGCCCUGUUACUGUGAGAAAUGAUCAUUCAGAACCGCCGAAUGAGCCCAGCGCCGCCGCCAGUCCUCUGCCUCCAGAGAUCAGUCAGAAUGAUAUACUGCAGAUUGAGAUGGUGAGAGUUGGGUCACCAGUGUCACAAUUCAUAAACCCCGAAAACACGACACGUCCUGAACAGCACGGAGAUUCGACUGAACACACACCAGUGAUAACUCAGAUCUUCAGUCUGGCAGCCGGAACGGAGACGGACUUUGAAAGAGACGUGGGUCUGAUGGAGCUCUUCUCAUCUCUACGUCAGACGCUGCUGCCUGCCCACUGGGUGGGCGUCAUGGCCAAAGGCCCCAUUUUACAGCUCCUGCAGUGCUCCAAACUCUCCACCAUGGCCGACACGGUGGUCCAGAUCGAGAAGGGCUUCUUCUACCAGAUCAGCGUUCAGAAUCAGCCUCUCCUCCUCAUGCACUCCAUCUACGUGAAACACCCGACCUGCCUGACCUCCGUCGGUGACGUGGUGUCGCUGUUGUUGGAUCUGGAGGGAAUGAGCGUGUGUCAGGGUCAUCAGAGCUUUAACACGGGUUCACCCGGGGAGCCCAACAUGUGCGUGCGGGCCGCCCUGUGCGAUUUGCUCAUUCCUAGGGACGAGGAACAGUGUGAGAAAUGCGCUCGGCCUGCGGAGGUGUGACUGACGGUUAGAUACGGCCGAUUUUGCUUCCAAAAGAUUUUUUGGUUUUAAACAGUCUGAAAAAGCUCAAAAAGGACCUUCCACCAGUUUUAAAGCUCAUUUCUGUUAUAGUAAGAGAUGUCUAGUGCCUGAUGCAAACCUCAUACAGUAUAUAACCAACAUUCAAAAUGGUGCUUUUUAUGUGGGAAUUGGAUUUCGCUGAAAAAUAUCUACAGAGAAAUGACUCAGUAGAAAAGAUGAGCUGGUUUCUGAUGAAAUCCUAAUUUUUUGUCCAAAUAUUGAGACUCAACAAUGGA